CGUGUUUCUAUGCUCCAAGGGAGGAACCUUUAUCCGAGGAGAACAAAAGACUCGGGUUCUCUGGGUUUCCCCAUUGGAGGAUCUGCGGACUAUAUAUAAAUACACACAUCAAGUCACGUAUGUUUUUCGUAGAGUUGCAGUCAAGAUGAGGCUGCUGUUGGUUCUUCUCUUCUCAGCGUUGGGCUGUGGUCUCGCUGGAGGACAGCUUGUGUCCAAAUGCGACCUGAUGAAGGCGUUUCGGGUUCUGGCGGAACACGAAAAGCAGCAAGGACUGACUAUGGACUUAGUGGCUAAGAUUGUGUGCCACACGGAGCUUGCAUCGGGUUUUAACACCAGCGUGGUGACUGAGUUGACCCCCAAGGGCGAACAUCUCCGUAGGGGGAAGAGGCAAGUACCGUCUGGGGACCUUACAACAUCUCCUGGCUAUGCGUCACCAGCCACCAGACCUCCACCGGACACCAAACCUCCACCGGCCACCAGACCUCCACCAGCCACCAAGCCUGGAUCAGCGACCAAGCCUCAACCCACCACCAGACAGCCACUAGAAACCAGACCUCCACCAGCCACCAAGCCUGGAUCAGCGACCAAGCCUCAACCCACCACCAGACAGCCACUAGAAACCAGACCUCCACCAGCCACCAAGCCUCGACCCACCACCAAACAGCCACUAGGCACCAAACCUCCACAAGGCAACAGACCUCCACCAGCCACCAAGCCUCCACCAGCCACAAGCCUUCCAGACGUGGUGAGCAAUGACCCAACAACAGGCCCCAGCCGGGUGCGACGGAGGGCCCUUCGUCAGCCGCCUACCGAACUGGCAAAUUUUGACAACCUUCCAAUCAAGCCUCCACCGGCAACCAAGCCUCCAGGGGCCACCAAACCUCGACCAUCCACCGAACCACCACCACCUACCAGACCUCCACACGUGGUGAGCAACCAGACAGAGGACGAGCCGGUCUGGACUCUCUACGGUCUUUUCCAGCUCAGCAAUCACCUGAUCUGCAGCGACGGCACGACUCCGUCACCCAACAUCUGUAAGGUGGACUGCAACGACCUAGUUGACGGAGACAUGCAGGACGACAUCAGCUGUGUGUUGAAGGUCAUCAGCCAACUUCUUGAAAAUGGUUUUGGGGUGGCCAACCGUGAAGAGUUAAUAAGAAUGAUCCGGCUCAUCUUCCAGCCGGAGUGCAGCAAGAAGACGGCCUCCGACUACUUCGCUGAGUGUCUGUAAUCACUGGAAGGAUGAACCUGUAUGCGUGGGGAUGGGUCAUCUAUGAGUGGGACAUAUGAUAUAUAAAGUCAAGCACGUUGCACUUGUCGUGUUGUUGUGUCUGUGGUGUAAAAAUAAAAAUCUGCCGUCAAGCAUUGUGGGGAAAAAAAGUGUCACAAUGUGGACAAAUGAAGGACUUUCCUCCAAAAUGUGCCCAUUGAUAAUGAUGAUUAAAAUACUUUAAAUAACUAUUAACUAUACGUUUUAAAUGACAGACAUAUAUAGUUUUAUUAUUACUUGCUAUAUAUGUAAAGAAGACUCAC